GUCAGCCGAAUCGAUCUGACACCGUCGUGGAGGAGAGGGACUUGCAGCCCUACGCCACGAACACCAUCUUGAGGCUACCGAAGGCGGUGUACUACUUGAUUGCGUUGUUGACGUUUUGUCAAGUGGCUUCCACGAUUGCCUUCCUGGCCUUCGGCUACACAUCCAGCAGCCGAAGCUUAAGCUUCUCCGUCGUCUCCAGUAUGAUUUAUGGCCUCGUGGCCAUCUGCUGCGUUUGCCUUCUGAAGCGUUCUCUGCAAUCCGAGCAGUUAAAGCUGUCACUCGAACGUUUGCACGAGUUCGUUGCCGACUUCGAGGUGAACUGGCAUGAGGUGUCCGGCAAGGAGUGGCGAAAGUUUGCUCUGGCGUGGCUUCUGUCAGUGGUCUGCUUCACGGGCACGCAAGGGCUGGAGAUCAGCAUUGGGGCGAAGGAGUUCUACUUGCAACAGGCGCCAGUCGAUGACGUCCUGAACAUCGUCAUGCUCUCGUUGAAGGGCUUGUCCGUGCUCAACUUCGCAGUUGCGAGCGCGAUCGUCAUGAUUGUGGCAUACAUCCAGUCACACCUUCUGAUCGGUUUGGACAA